UUCCGUGAAAGCAGAAAUCAGUGAAAUUGUUUUUAUUGUAAUUAUGCAAAUGCAAAACUAGCAAUGGGUUUCCAUGCUUCAGGGCUCAGAAAGUUUUGCACUUCAUUCUGUGAAUAAGGAAAUGUUUCCUUUCUUUAGGAAACAUUAAUCGGUGCAGGACACAUGGCCUCUCUUUUGUCUUUUUAAAUGAAACUUGCACAGUUUCUACAUCAAAUGUAAUGGAUAAAUCCAUGCAUUUUAGCGGUGCAAAUAAAACAUCUGCUUUGUAAAUGCAUAUGAGUAAUAUUUCAAGAGGAUUUUCACAAAGUUUACAGAAAGACUGAAGGAUUGAAUUAAUGUUGAGGGUGAGGCGUCAUAGGAUAGCAGACAUUAGACAACUAUCAAUGCAAAACGUACUUACUCUUGGCUCAAAUCCAACAGGUCAAUGGAUUUUGUUUUCAAAAUUCCUCCCUUCUCGUAUUCCAGCAGGAGACCUGUUUGCAUGGAACAUCAACAUUACCUUCUGAAGCAGUCAGGCUAGUUAGCUAAAAUGCUACUUUGAUACGAGACUGAAGUCGUUGUGAAAAAGUUACAUUUAAAAGACAAAAUUUUAGUUUACCCGGGGGAUAAUAUCUUAGAAGAAACCUCUUGAGUUUCAUUUUGAAACCCACUCGACGUAACAACAAACCGUUUCCAUAGUGACGAGCGAGCAACGUUUUCCGUGAACGUCUAUACGUCGCAUUCUCAAUGACGUCAUCAGAAAAGUUUAGCCUACAAAAAUGACAAUUAUCGAACACUUUUUUACAUCUGAAAGAGAGAAGUCCGAUUAAAUACAACAAUGUUGAGACAGAAUUAGUUGAAGAUUCAUUUAUAAAAAGAGUUGUUGGACACUAGUUGGACACCAGCUGUAUAAUUAUGUUGUGAAUACAUUGAUAAUUCAAUCUUUAUCCAGAAACAAAGCAUUCAUGGCAUUCAUCUUGCUACACAUCUAAGUGUUCCAAACAACAGUAUCAGAUUUAGUUGCCAUUUUUUCAUUUUUGGAUCAGUAUUUUUUCUUUUAGUGACACAAUUAAAACACGAAAAUAGGAGGUUUUUGAAACACCUUGUGCAAGAAUAACGUAUUUUGGAUUAUAUGUUGGACACACAUUAUUGGACGUUGACAUAGUCAUUUAAACACAUCAGUGUAUAAAUAUUUAUAUACACUAACUACAACAGAUGAUGAAAUUAAAUAUCAAAAUGUUUGAUAUUCUGAAAUAAAACGUUAUUUCACUUUAUUAUUAUUAGUAGUAGUAGUAGUAGCUGCAGUAGUAGUAGUGACUGUGUCCAUCUUCAUCCACAGUAAAAGUAUUCAAUAAAGUACUCUACUCCUGGAUGUGAAAUAUCCAAACACCAGUUUGUCCUUCUGCACACCAGAAGUGCAGCUAUUUCACCAUGCAUUGUCACACUGCACCAUUGCCUCGUUUUGAAACAGGCCAAAGUCUGUCAGCCAUAAACAUCACGUGCCAUUGUAAAAAAAAAAAAAAAAAAAGAAAGGAAAAGAAAUAAUAGCAUGUAUAUUCAAGCUCCUGGUGACAGUUGCGGGAAAGCAGACAGAGCAGAAACACACUUGAAAGGAGCGGAAGGAUGGGCUGCUGCUCCAAGCGAACGUCAGGCUGGGUUUAUCCCACCGCAGUUCUAUCUCUUUAUGGCUUUUUUGCAAACUGUAGAGUAGCAGAACCGUUUCUGACUCCGUACUUGAUCGGUCCGAACAAGAACAUUUCGGAAGAAGUGGUGACCAACUACCUGUUCCCCAUCUGGACCUAUUCUUACCUGGCCUUCCUGUUUCCUGUUUUCCUCCUGACAGACUUUCUGAGGCACAAGCCCCUCAUCGUGGUUCAAGGGCUUUUCCUGGUCACCAAUUAUACCCUGCUCUGCUUUGCUCCAGGACUGCUCGCCAUGAUCCUCCUCCAGAUCAACUACGCCGUGGUGACCUCCACCGAAGUAGCCUACUUCUCCUACAUCUACAGCGUGAUUCCGGUGGAGAACUACCAAAGAGCCACCGGUUAUCUCCGCAGUGCCAUGCUGUCCGGUUACACCUUUGGUGCCAGUCUGGGUCAAAUACUGGUCUCUGUGGCAGGCCUGGACCUCUUCUACAUCAACACUAUCACUCUGGGGAUUGUGAUGGUGGCUUUUCUCAUCUCCCUGUGGCUGCCCAUGCCUCGGAGGAGCAUGUUCUUCAAAGGGAAGAAGGCUGCCGCUCUGGGCUGCCAGUCUCAGCAGGAGACCCCGACCGAAGCCGGCGGAUCACGGCAGUCCGUGAUGGAUAAGGGGCCCGGUGGGUCUGGGAAAGAGAAGAUGGAGAAUCAUCGUGGUGGAGGCUGGUGCAGCCGAGAAAACCUGGCCAGCGCAGGUCAUUUACUGUGGCAGAGCUUCAGGGAGUCUUACUCCUCCAGGCAUUUAAUCUACUGGUCGGUGUGGUGGUCUCUGGCCACAGCAGGAUAUGUCCAGGUCUUCAACUACAUCCAGCUAAUGUGGGACCAUAUUGAACCCUCCGCCACGUCGUCCGUCUACAAUGGAGGAGUUGAAGCUGCAUGCUCUCUUGUGGGCGCCGCCGCCGCCUUCACCGUGGGCCACGUUAAGGUGUCGUGGUCAGUUUGGGGGGAGCUGGCACUGGGCUUGUUCUCCGCUGUCGGGACAGGAGCCGUGUUUCUGAUGGCUCUCACCGCCAACAUCUGGGUCUGCUAUGCUGGUUAUGUCAUAUUCAAGUCCUGCUACAUGCUGCUGAUCACUAUCACAACAUUUCAGAUCGCAUCCAAUCUCUCCAUGGAGUGCUAUGCUUUGACCUUUGGCAUCAACACUUUCGUGGCACUUUCCUUGCAAACCGUCAUGACUCUCAUUGUCGUGGAUGAAGCAGCUUUGGGUUUGGAUAUCGUGACGCAGUUCCUCAUCUAUGGGAGCUACUACGCCGUCAUCUCAGCGUUGUUCCUGAUUCGGGGGGCUUACACGGCCUGUGUGAAUCGCCAAGCACCACCAGGGACGGAAGAUGAAGUGACGGGUGGAAGUGGGGUGGUGAUCCACGCUGACCGUCUGUGAUCCAGUUCAACAUGCUCUGGGAGGAAAUACCUGCACUAUGGGUUUACUAACACUCCCCACUUGUCCAUAAUGUAAAAAAAAAAAAAAAAAAAUUAAGUUAAAAAAGGACUCAAAAACAACUUGACUUACAUCCUUGGACCAAGUGGACAUUCAUAAAAGCGACGAAACUGAUUGAAAUGUAAACGUCGAAUUUUAGUAAUAAAAAAAAGAGUGUACAUGACGUAAUUCUGAAUAAAUAAAUGUAUACAUGCAUAA